AUGCAAACUGCGGAUUCUAAAAACUCGCGUUUACCGUCAAUGUCGAAAUUCUCUGGAUUCAGCGCAGACCAGACAGGCUUCUCUCACGGCGCCUUCACUUCCAACAAUCCCUCUGUUCAAAGCUUCGGAAACCGCGAUUCUCGACGAGCCAACAUCCCUUCUAUAAACACUGGAUCUGGCCUUCACAACGGUAACGAUUUAGGUGCCCCUGGAUCUGGCUUCGAUAUGAACGUUACACCUCUCCUUCCUUCCCAGCUUUUGCUCGGAAGCCCCUUCCAACCUGGAACUCCGUCCGCUUUUGCGUCUCCUCAAUUCGCCAGCUUCGGCGGAUUCUCUCAAGCAAACUCAGCACAUAAUCAAAAUGCCCAGAAUCCAUUGAGCAGUCCAACUCAGGCGCAGCAAAACGCUUUGUCUCCUCAGUUGUACCCCGGAUUGGUUUCUGCAGAUGGAUUUGCUGGAUCUCAGCUGUUAGGAGGGCCACAGUCACCAAUUGGCACCAGCCGCACCGUGUACCUUGGCAACAUCCCGGCGGAAACGUCGGCAGAAGAGAUUCUGAACCACGUUCGCAGUGGGCAAAUUGAGUCCGUUCGUUUGCUGCCGGACAAGAACUGCGCUUUCAUAUCAUUCCUCGACAGUAGCUCUGCUACGCACUUCCAUUCCGAUGCUAUUCUCAAGAAAUUGGCGAUCAAGGGCAACGAUAUCAAGAUCGGCUGGGGUAAACCCUCUCAGGUCCCAACUUCAGUUGCUGUAGCAGUUCAGCAAUCAGGUGCUUCUCGAAAUGUUUACUUGGGAAGUCUCCCUGAAGAUAUCACAGAGGAGGAAUUACGUGAAGAGCUAGGAAAAUUUGGCCCAAUUGACACCGUGAAGCUAGUCAAGGAAAAAGCCAUUGGCUUUGUUCAUUUCUUGUCGAUCAGCAACGCCAUCAAAGCCGUUGCUCAGCUUCCUCAAGAAGCCAAAUGGCAAGCCCCUCGUCGAGUCUUCUAUGGAAAGGACCGCUGUGCCUACGUGUCAAAGACCCAACAGCAAAAUGCCGCUCAGUACCUAGGUAUCGCUCCAGGUUAUGCUCAUGUUCUCAACAGCGCAGACCGUGAUUUGAUUUCCAAUGCGCUUGCCCAGCAAUCCGUUGCCGCAGCUGCUGUUGCAACUACUGCUGGUGGUGUCAACAACCUUGGAAAUCGCACCAUAUAUCUGGGUAACAUUCAUCCAGAGACCACUAUCGAAGAGAUUUGCAAUGUGGUCCGCGGUGGUCUAUUGCACCAUAUCCGUUAUAUCCCUGACAAGCAUAUCUGCUUUGUCACAUUCAUUGACCCAACUUCCGCGGCUUCGUUCUACGCUCUCAGCAACCUUCAGGGGUUGAUGAUCCACAACAGACGGCUUAAGAUUGGCUGGGGUAAGCACUCUGGCGCUCUACCCCCAGCUAUCGCGCUAGCAGUCAGUGGAGGAGCUUCGCGAAACGUAUAUAUUGGCAAUCUGGAUGAGACAUGGACCGAGGAGCGUCUUCGUCAGGAUUUCUCCGAGUAUGGUGAGAUUGAGCUCGUCAAUACUUUGAGGGAAAAGAGUUGUGCUUUUGUGAACUUUACGAACAUUGCCAAUGCUAUCAAAGCUAUUGAAGCAAUGCGAAGCCGCGAGGAAUAUAAGCGAUUCAAAAUCAAUUUUGGUAAAGACCGAUGCGGCAACGCCCCUCGUCAAGUGAACAACAACAAUCAACAAAACCGAAAUGGCUUGGAAGAGCAGUCACCGUCCCCAUUGAACGGCUUCAAGCAGAGCAACAGCCAGAGCGGCUCUCAGCCAAGCCCAACACGACCAGCCUUGUCGCCUGCUCCAGGAUCGACAGGCUCUCAGGGCGGACAACAAAAUCGACCUCCUCUACAAAACCUGUCAUCUCCUUCCUCCAUUCUCAACACUGGAAACAACAACCCGCUGACAAUGUACUUGAAUCACGUGUCUCAGCAAGGGCAAGACCAGGAAAACCACUUGACGGAUCCGAUCACUUUAGCGACCCUUCAGCAACAGCAACAGCAGGCUCUUGCCAAUCAGCAGGCUGCUUUGUACAACGGAGCAGCUUCUAACGAAAUACCUAACGGUAGCAUCGAAAGCUCUCUUCACCAACGAAAGACCUCCAACGGCUUUUUGAAUGUAUCCAACGGCCAUGCCGGAGCUACUCACAGCUCUGCCAAUAGUCUCAGUGUUCCUCGAAUCCAGCACUCUCGAGCUGUCAGCCUUCCUUCAUUUUCUCAAGAACCCUUUGGACCAAAUAUUAGCCAGACUUCUCACGGCCGCUCAGGAUUGUCUCAUCAACCUCAAGGAAGCUUUUCCAGCUUUGGCUCCGCGCUAGGCGGGUUGAACCACAAUGGCUUUGGUCUAGCCAUUCAAAAUGAGUCCUCCCUUCCUGGCUGGGCUGAAGAGGAGAUUGGAGCGAAAUAG